UCUUGUCGGAUGAUUUGCCCCGUUUCCGAGCCACCGGGCUCCCGGUCCCCAUAUUGCGGGUUUGCCCAGGUCUCGCUGGGCUGCCUCAUUGUUGCGAGAUCUGGUCCCCACGCAGUGGCAAAACGGGCAAUGUCCGAGGGCCUGUCAUGUGUGACCCGUCACCAAGGUCGGUAUCUGUCGAGCGGACCAUAACCCGAACGCGUCUGAACGCCGAGUACAUUAUAGGUCAAGCGAACGGUUUGACCAGACAUACGCGAACUCCCAGUUUUCUUGCCCGAAGCGUACCGGGGGAGUUACCCAGGACUCGCGGCGUCAUUCAUCCUUUGCGUCACUGUUCAGGCACAGGUAUAUUAAAUAUGGGGUCUAUUGUCACUGUUAAUACAUUGUACCACAAACAAUUAAGCGAAGUAUUGUACAUGACUAGCAGCGGGCAUGGUCUCGACGUCCGUUCCGCCCUUGUGAUGUACGAUGUUGCACCUAUGCUGGUAAGAACCGCGGUAUGGCGCGAGCAGACCUUGGCUUCCUUGCGUCAUGACGAGUGGAUAUAUUCUGGCAAAUACUAGUUCCCAGCACCGCGUGGUGAUGGCUACUCUUAGCUGAAGGCCUUGGAAGGUUGUUCCAAAGACAGAAGGUCACAUCCAACUAGGAGGGACCAUGGCACAGGGAAUACGACAUGGGGCCCAUGGUCAUGAAGGGAGUCAUACGAC